AUGGUUGUAUUGAUUCAAGCCCGAAGUCAAGGAAUUCCACUUUCUGGUCCUAUUAUUACGACCAAGGCAGGUGGAAUGAAUAAAAAACUAGAUGGCGACCCAAACUUCAAAGCAAGCACGGGAUGGCUUGAUAAGUUUAAAUUUCGUCACGGAAUUCAUCAACUAGACAUAAGUGGAGAGAAACUUAGUGCGAAUAGUGCAGUCAUUGCUGAAUUCAAGGAACAAUUUAAAUUGAAAAUACAAUGUGAUCUUAAACUCGUUAGAGAACAAGUUUAUAAUUGUGAUGAAACUGGACUCAAUUGGAAAGCCUUACCACAAAAAACACUGACAUCAUUUUCGGAAAAAACAGCUCAGGGUUUUAAAUUCCAAAAAAUAUAG